GAGCGAGGAAGGAAACGGGGGGCGAGGACUGCCUUCUUUUAGGUGCCCAAGGCGUCCAUUGGCUUGUGUGUCGCACGCGCCAGACGACGGGGCGAGGUCGGGGCCAAAAAGCAAACGGGAAAAACCGCCUGAACGAACGCUAUUUCGCGCGCGCUGUCGGCUCUCGUUCUUCGACAUGUGGGGCAGUCACGCUGGCUUUGACGGUGGAUAUGGUGGUGGUGGUGGUGGUGGUGUUGGAUAUACACAAUCCCCUGGGGGGUUUGCAUCGCCUUCUGCGACCCAAGGUGAAAAGAAAUCGAGAUCCAGGACACAGAACAUUGUUCCCUGCACUGUGUCUCAGUUACUUUCUGCUGAGCAGGUGGAUGAUGCCUUCAAGAUCAAAGAAGUUGAGAUUUCACAGGUCAUUAUUGUAGGUAUAAUCAGGCAAGCUGAAAAAGCACCGACGAACAUUCUCUACAAAGUGGAUGACAUGACUGCCGCCCCGAUGGAUGUGAGGCAGUGGGUGGACACUGAUGAGGCUGGCAGUGAGAAUGUUGUGGUGCCACCUGGGACAUAUGUGAAAGUGGCUGGUCACUUGCGCUCUUUCCAGAACAAGAAGAGCCUGGUUGCAUUCAAGAUCAUGCCACUGGAGGAUAUGAACGAGUUCACUUCACACUUGCUUGAAGUUGUCAAUGCACACAUGAUCCUCGGAAAAGGCAGCAUGUCAGCCUCAAUGAAGAUGCCUCCAUCGCUUGCUCCCAUGGGGAUGAGCACGGUAGCGAGCUAUGGAGGAAGUGGUGCCUUGCCAUUGAGGGGACUUUCACAACCCCAGAGUCAGGUUCUGAAUUUGAUUAAAAGCUGCACAACUACUGAGGGGAUAAGUCUUCAGGACCUGAAAUCCCAGCUACAUAAUAUGAAUCUGCCAACAAUCAAGAAAGCUGUUGAGUUUCUGAGCAGCGAAGGACACAUCUAUUCUACUGUGGAUGAUGAUCACUUUAAAUCCACAGAUGCUGAUUAGGUGCCUUUCAGAAGAUGAACUUUUUGAACUGAGUGGGUUUCAGUUUGCGCAAGAAUUGGAUUAUACUGCCCUAUUCAUAACAUAGUCCUCAUGAGCUAUGCAUUCAUGGAAGAUAUCUUCUUUUGUACUUCCCAGAAAUAUUACUUUCAGUUCUGCCUACCCAGAGGGACCUCUGUCAUGCACAAAACUCAGAUAGCUGUCAUGAUACCAAAUGAGCAACUGAAGCAGGUAUGUCAGAAGGCAAAUGGACUUCAUGUGAAGAAUGGUACUCACUCCCAAGUCUGUCUUCCUGUAUUAUUUUUGGUAGCUUUUUGAGCCAUUUUGGAAAUGGAUGUGGCUGUGUGGACUACCAUGACAUGGAAAUGGCAUUUCAACUUUCACACUGAAGCACUCACACGCGCACGCACACACACCCUGCAUAAAGGUAAAGUCAUCCUAACAAAAAUGCUUAGGAUGAAUAGUAACCCUUCCAUGGAGUAGCUUUCUUAUUAUAGGAAACUUUUGAUAACUCAAUAAAGCACCUUUAUUUUGAAGAGA